AUGGUUUUUGUAAGGCGUUACUUCAAAUCUUUGGAUCAAGAUUUCGAAGUGAUCUUGCUUUGGGUCAUAAGUUCAAAGUUAUAUCUUACUUUGCUAACCCCUACUCCCGAAUCCCCUUCAAAAGUGUUGCUCAAAGACAGUGAAUGGCUCUGGAAAUUAGCAUUUUCAGCCGAUUUAACUAUGCAUCUCAAUGAUUUCAACCUACGGAUACAAGGUGAAACUUCACUCAUCUGUGAUUUGUACUCAAAGGUGAAAGCUUUUCGUAAGAAAUUAAUACUAUUUGAAAGUCAGUUAACAAGAAGCUGCUUUACUCAUUUUUCACGAUGUGACAAAUAUAGACAGGAAGCUGCCACUCCAUUUCCAAACUUGUUUGCUCAAGAUGUCAUUUUAGCUUUGAAACAACAGUUUGAAGAACGUUUUUCUGAUCUUGAUGCAUGUUCUUCAAAACUAAGAAUUUUGAAAAUCCAUUUAACUCUGUUAUUGGAGACUUACCUUCUGAGUUACAAAUGGAAGUUAUUGAUUUGCAAUCCAAUGACAUCCUGA